UUGCACGGACGGUUUCCAGCCAUUGCAAACGCCUUGCAGCCAUGACUGCAGAGUGUGAGGAACUUCUACCGCCAUGGCUGAAAAGCGACGACUUGCAGGUACGAACACCCAUGAAGUUGCCAAGGAUACCCCAACCCCCGGCCCUGCCGAAUACAUCCUGGAUGCUGAUCCUGGAAGAGCGACGCCGCGCGACUGAAGAGCGGCUUGGACCAAAGGCAGAUUACCCAAAGCCACGCACCAAACUCCGUGGCCGUUCCCCGAGAGUGCCCAAGGAGGACUCGGAAGAUUGGAGCCGUGAGGCAUCCACACUCGACAGAAGGACCCUGGCGAGACUCUUGGGUGACCUGAAGGACCGCCUGGCUAGGGAACGAAAGAUGACUUCGGCAACUGAGGCCAAGCUGGCCAAGCUGGCAACCAGGACUGGGAAUUCCGGGAAUUCCGAAAGUCGUUUAGAGAGAGCGGCCGUGGCGGCCAUCUCUGCUUCGGCUCCUGCUCUACAGCCGAGAUCAUCGAAGUCGAGUUACAGCCUCCAAUGCCACCUCUUUGAUGGGGAUUUCCAAAAAGCACUGUGUCGACACGGUCCUCACAUACCUGAAGUUCGCCUGACCAAAGAGUGAAGUAACGCAGUAAAGAGUAUGUUCAAAGCAAUUCGCCAAGAAAAUCCGAGACUUGCCCCAAGAAAUUUUCCAAACUCUCCAAAUGACUCUUUUGAGUUUCCGAUUUCAGACUGCUGCUUGGAUUGCGUCGUUUCACAGAUGACUCCGCGCCUCAAAGGGGACGCCCGCGGAGGAAACAGGUGGAGAAACCCUUCAACACACCAUAAAAC